AUGAACGCAGAUUCCAUUGAGUCGGGCAGCCCUGCGCGUUUUGAUAACAGUACUCUACCAACGGAUAGCUCUGCAUCAAGCUUCUACGGGAUUGGAAAAGUGUUUCACCUGGAUGACAAAUUGGUCUUUGGUAUCGCCAUCGCCCUCCUCGUAGCAGCAUUCCUAUUUUUGGUUCUUACUUGCUGUUGCUGCAUACGGUAGGCUUUUUAAGCAAAUGUUAACCUAUACCAUUUCGGACGAUUUUUGCUUGAGUGUCACCCUAAUUUUGUUAUAUUUUGGAUUUUAAGUUGGCUUGCAUAUAUAUCAUGCGAUUUGUGUAGUGCCCAAUCUGCUUUAUGACCUUUUUAACAACUUGAAUACUAUUUUACAUUAUGGGAAAUUUAUGCGGCCUGUAAUGGACCUGGGGUAGAUAUACAAUUCAGAACAGAAUACACAGGUCCCCUUUCUGCAAUCCGAUCGGUAAAACACCACCUCUUAUUAAUUGUUCUGCAAUCUAAUCUAAGUUUUUGGUUGUGCUGUGUAAGCGAUAAAAAUGUUGCAUCAGGAAGAAUAGUAUGACAUACUCCACCAGCACUAUACAAAGAACAGAGUAAACGUAAGAGCGCUACUAAAGGCAGAAUUCUUGUGCCGAAUUUAUGCAAUACAUCUUACUCAAACCCUAGGCCUGGACGUACUUUUGGAGUCCCGAGGACAUAACUAAAAUACUAGUAUUUGCCGAAUUCGGCACGAAUUAAAAUUUAGCUGUUAUUUCUUUUUGCCGUAUGCGUGAGAUGAAUGAAAGUUAUUGGAACAUUCCGUCUAGCAACUUUACAUCGUCUAGCAUAUGAUUAACGGUAUCACUUGUAAUAUCAUGAAUAUAUUGAUAAAACUCUGGAAGCAUCUGAUUUGGCAUGUGCCCAAUCUCGGCAGUCGGCUUAAUAUGAAAAAGGAUCCCUCUCUUAGUAAACAGCCAUUUGGUUUUACAUAGAGGUUUUGUUUCGGUUGCAUUUGAGAGGUCUGGGACCGGCGUGCAUGUAGUCAGCUUGGGAGACUAUUAACAAGGUACUUUUUUGCCUAGAAAUUCUUCACAAAAGUCCUUAUUUACGCUUUUUUCCAAUAAAGAUAGGAUAGAUUCACCAUACCUACCCUUUCACGUCCAACAGUCCACAAUUUUUGGUAAUAGACCUGGAUGUUUUUGAACCGUUUGAAAAGUAACCUGUUGUUCAACUACUUCUAGGUUAAGACGGCAGCAUCGUAAACCAAAAAAGUACGGACUACUUGCAACUUCAGAACGUGAGGCGGAUUUUCUGAAUUCGGGGAUGAACUACGAUUACGACGAUGAGGAGGAGAAUCACACCCUCUUUGUAAAUUCCCGAUCUAAGCAAACGUAGGUUGGAGAUCAGAAGACGAAUUUCUACCGGCAUUCCCAUUUCUAAAGCCUGUCAUGCUUCUGCUUGAGCCGGGCUUUGAUCUCUUUGUGAUAGUCACUACCCCACAUUUGGUUUUGGCUUCAGAAAUUUGCAUAUCCAAUCUGCCAUUGUACUUUCAUGGCUCUGUGUUUAAAGUUUGACAAAUCUCCGUUUCCUUAUUCUUGCUUGAGGUGUUUUGCUUUGUUACCACAUUCAUCCAUUUAUUUUGUACAAACGAUAACUAGUCUGAACAGCCACUCACUUUUCGUAAAAAGAACUGCUAAAUUACUUUGCCUUCCUUUUUCAGUCGCGGCUUACAAGGUAAGGACUAUGGGCAAAAUAUCGCUGGUUGUCUUUAACAUUCCAGAGUAACAAGUAGAACUCCAGAACCGGGUGUAAUUCCAAGCCAUUAGAAAACAGUCGUGGUGUGGCAAAUACGGUCAAAAUUCUUCUCUUUCCAACCAUUCUGCGUUAGCCAGCCUGUCAACAUCACCGUUUCUUGUGCUACCUUUCCAUUAAUUGCAAUGGAUUCUGGCCUCCUCAUCGUCGGGUUGUGGCCUUCCUCUAGCUGGACUGAUGACUGGAUUCAUCAGGGUUGGUGCAGACAAAGGGUUGGUCUAGGGUGCUGCUCAAUUUUGCAAACGAGUGGUGUCGGAAGCUAGACCAUUAUUUUCAAGUUUUCUGUAGACAGCGGCACUCGUGCCUUGGAAGUUAUGCAAUUGCAGUCCUUAAGUUUUCAGAUGAGCAAGCUAGGCAUCAUAAGUUUUGGUUUAAGAGUAAGAAGGGUAUUUUACAGUCCCGAAAAAGCCGGGUCCCAUGGGUUGCCGUAGUUUUAUAGCUCGACGAUAAUCUACUGGUGGAUUGCCGUUAAACCGCCAGGUAUUUUAAAAUGCUUAAACUUUGCAGAGGCCCACUAUGCAUCUUCCACUUCAGGGUACCUUUGGGGGAUGUUUUGUGUCCCCCCAGGCCUAUAAUGCAUUGGUAGGUAGCAUGUAAACGAACUAGUUCGAACACUGCCGGCCAGCCGGCUUCAUGCGUUUCUGGUGGUGUGAAUAAAUGGUUGGAUGAUGUAAAUUGGUUGUCAGUCAAGAUAGUUGCCUCACUCCGCACUUUGUGCCAGCAUGACAAAUUUAACGGUCUCCGACGGCACCUGCAGGGUCCACAUGAGUGGUUUUCGCAGCUCGAUUGCCGUGGUGCCUGGCUCCGCAAGUCAGCGCUGUCGCAAUGCACAGACUGAUUCAGAAGCUCAGUUGGAGCGCGCCUGCUGGAUAUACACGGAGGAUGGUAUGCGUGGGUGUGCCUUUGGCGACCUGGUUCUCUGUUGGUAGAAGCGCUUGCGCUCCCGCUGGGUAUGCAGCUCGCGUGCAUGGCUAUUCAAUCAUUCUCUUUCUGGCCCGUAUAUUUUGUUGUUGGUAAAACUCCUGAUCAAGUGUUUGUUGUGGACCAGGGAGUGUGCCAGUAUGCCCAGGUGCGGGUCCAGUCGUGUCAGCCACCUGCGCCUUCUUCCGCCUCCGGUCUUCUUAACUAAGUCUUUAGACGGGGCCCAGGUCGAGGAAGGGGAGAGAGUGCGGUGGACGCUGCGCAAGUCUGUCCUCACUAUAGACUACUUCACGUGCAAGUCACCGUGCCUGCUUCACACUGCUGCGGAGCACGCGAUGGAAGUCGUCUGGCACGAUGGUCGAACUGUCGUGCCUUUGCCAAAUCAUUUUGGACUACGUUUUCUGAGUAGUAUCUUUUAAAGAGUGCAACUAAACGAGUCGACUACAUUUUGGGUUGGACUAAGGUGACAGUUUGCCUUCUCUGAGGGCGCUAAAUCAAGUUAGUGGAGACGAAUGCUUGCAUCUUAAUGUUAAACGUGUCCCUAUGUACACACCUUCACCCGGUCUUGAAACGUCAUCGGGCAUGAUUCUCUUUGCUUCCAGCGGUAAUUGUUUUUGCGUUUGCUGAGAACGUACGGUCUGUCCUAUAAAUCUUACGAAAGACUACCUUCGGUACUUCGUCACCAUAAGUGGCCUUUAGUCUUCAUCUACUAGAGAAAGAAACGAAGAGCUCGUGCGGAAAGUUUUGAUCGAGGCGGCUACAAAUUCACAAGUAGAAAGGUUGAGAACGAGAAUUCACCUAAGUGCCUUCUCCGGAAAUUGGUAUAAUCGCAGCCUUGGUAAAUUUUUUAAGGAGGUUAUCUGGACUACUAUGAUUAUUCACUUUGUUUAAAGCUUCUCAUGUCGACUUUAAAAAAUUGGAAUGUAAGUUACUUUCCAGGCCGCGUGCUUUUAACAUUCUGGUCGAUAACUACCUUUAACUACCAAUGGGAAUUCUGUGGGCGCUACUACAACGUUUCCCCUAUUUCGAGAGUGUACAUUUGCAAAAAAGCGUUCAUAACCAUGUUGGACUCAACGACCGACCCACCAACACGCCCUUCCACUUCCAGGUUUACAGUCUUUUGGAGACGCCGUGCGAGCUUUGAGCAAUCCACGUGGGUGUGUUAGCCUUCCCCUGUUAAUAAAUAUUGAUAUUUACGGACAAGUUGAAGCGUUCUCAACAGUCUUCGUGUUAUGGAAAUCCCAUGAAGCCGUUGUCUCGAAAUUCGCAAUAUGACCAGUUACUGUACAUUGCUAGGUAGAUCUAAUCCACCCAUGCUGCGCAAACGGACUUAUGAUGACAAGAGAAAACUCAGGAUUGGUCGGGACCAAUUUAAACGUCAAACUUCAUAAUAAGGGUAACUGUGUAUGUGUUCAGAUAACUUCUUUCGCGGUGGGUUCUAGGGAAUAAAACUGAGCUCAUGCACACAAUUUUAUUUAAGGAUUAAUGUCAUUUACCUGUCACUCGGGGGGGGGGGGGCGUAGGGAUGUCCAGUUGUGGGUUUACGUGUUGGUCAUAGUAGGUCGCUCACUUGCUUGCAGGUGUAGACUACGUCUAGCGUCCAUUAACUGGCACCCAACUCUCACCUCUGAUUCCCCGAAGCUAGCCCCUGCCUAGCGGCCACACCCCGGUUACUGCCUCGACCGGCGUGCUAAACCAGAUGAGGGUAUUCGUGUGUGCAUCUCCACACACAGUAACUCGGCUCCACUCCCACCGUCGAUGGCUGGAUAAAUCACCGUCUCUGCUUCUCUGAGAUGAGGCUCCGUCUGCAACCCCGCAGGAGGCCACAAGCACUCAAUAGGCUAUUGGCCCAGUGACUGGAAGGCCGCCCCUUUACUUCUCUUUCACACCUAUUCCCCAUCUUUCUCUUCUGUCCCUCAUUCUCUCUACCCUCCGCUCUACUCUACCUCACAGUCGGAAGUCUCACGAACCACCGCAUAACCACUUCCAAGACGAAGCUUCAUCCACAACCACGCCGGAGUCCACAAGGUAAGUGAUCCCCCAGGUAAGCCGAUUAUUAUUCUAAUGUCCUUGCCUGCUCCUGAUUGCUUGCGCUUUCUUGCUUGUCUGUGCUUGUCCUUGUUGUAGGCUAAAUGCCGUUCUUUCGAAUACCGUUCAGUUGAAUUUGUAUGCUGACCGUUUAUAUCUCAGCAAUCAGAUAGCUUAGAGAGGGACGGGAAACUCUGCUUCCCGUCUCUCUACCCUUCCCCAUCUCCCCUCCUUCGCCUUAAAAAACUCCUGCGGUGAGAGCGACAACGAUCACGUAGGCGGCUCAGGCUAAGUCAGAUCGUUCUCCCACUAAACAAAGUCGUGGCCCAUAGUGGAGUUCGUCAGCCGUCUGGGAUGUCUGAGCAGCCCUAUGUGGGAAGAGCACUGCUCACCCCGCUAGGGAGACGAGGCUAGAAAAUGUGUCCUAAACAAAUACGCUCUGCGCUCUGACCGUGGCCCGCGGACGCAAAACACACGGUCGAGACAACCAAACAAGAAACAACACUCUUUCUUUUUCCCCUCCUCCUCCCCGCCGCCCCACUCGUCAGACUGGUAGUGUGAGCCCGCUCACUCUGGCAGCCUGGACUGUUCGUCCCCUUUUAGACCGUCCAAGGAACACCCGACCGGAACGGAGGACGGCGCUGCUGACUCGGGAACUGACGCGCAACAAGGUGGACAUCGCCGAACUCAGCGAGACCCGGUUAUUUGAAUAAGACCAACUGGAGGAGGUGGGUGCCGGUGACAUCUUCUUUUGAAGUGGUCGCCCCAAGGCAAAGCAACGGGACGCGGGCUUUGCCUUUGUCAUCCAGAACGACAUCGUAGAACCACCUGCCUGUUUACCGCUGGACACAAGGGAUCGCCUGACGAGCCUCCGCCUGCCUCCCAGGGGAGGCAAAUUCGCCACCAUUGUCAGCGUCUACGUUCCCCGAUGACCAGUUUUGACACUGCAGGGAACAAAUUCUAUGAGGAUUUUCACGCCCUCCUGGCGUCUGUGCCGAGGGCGGAUAAGUUUAUUGUCCUUGAUGACUGAAACGUCCGCGUCAGGACUGACCAUGUUGCAUGGAGUGGAGUGCCUGGUGCCCAUGGUCUCCAUGGCUCCAAUGACAAUGGCCUGCUCCUCCUAUGAACCUGCACAGAACACCGUCUCACCCUGACCAACACCUUCUUCUGCCUUCCGACGCAGAAGAAGGCGACUUUGAUGCACCCUGGACAGCGAUACUGGCACCUGCUUGACUACGUCCUCGUCUGGAGGCGAGACCAACGGGACGUGCUGACGACAAAGGCAUUCUCGGGUGCCGACGGGUAGACCGACCAUCGCCUCGUCAUCUCCGAGAUGCGCAUCCGCCUCUAGCCCCACAGGAGACCUCAAGGUAAGCGACCCCUAUGUAAGCCGAAUACUGCUUUGUCUUUGCCCGCUCACCACCUCCACUUCAGCAAUGAGCCAACUCAAAAAUUAGUCAACCGUUCAAUUUUCGCCGCCGCCGCCGCCGCCUCUGAUGAGGACUACUUCGUGGAAAACCGAUGGUGUCAACUGCCGGACAGAGUCCAUUCGACGGCCCUGGCUGUCCUCAGUCGCGCAAGUCGCCAACAUCAGGACUGGUUCGAUGACAACGACGCUGUCACCAGCAACCUGCUCGUCGAGAAUAGCCGCCUGAAUAAAGUCCACGUAAAUCGUCCUACCGACGACAAAAACCCAGCCUUCUACCGUAGUCGUUGCCUUGUGCAACAGCGGCUGCGUGAGAUGCAGGAGGCCUGGAUGGCUCGCAAGGCCGACGAGAUCCAAGGAUGGAUGGACGAAUGGAAGAACUUCUUUGCCGUGAUCAGGGCAGUCUACGAUCUCGCAGCCAAAGGCACCGCUCAUUUUCUCAGCGCAGACGGCAGUACUCUAUUCACUGAGAUGACACCAAUUUUUCAACGAUGGGCCGAGCACUUCAGAGGCGUCCUCAACCGUCCCUGUCGCCUGUGA